AUGGCGUUCACCCCCAUGGCGUUCUCGUCCACGGACACGACGCUGCCGGCAACUAUCGGCGAUGUCAAGACGGUGUCGGAUGACAUGGAUAUCUUCUGGCUGAUGUUUGGCGCCAUCCUCGUUUUCUUCAUGCAGACCGGUUUCGCCAUGCUCGAGGUCGGUUCCGUGUCCAUCAAGAACACCAAAAACAUCCUGAUCAAGAACAUUGGCGAUGCCUCCCUAGGCGCCAUCUGCUGGUGGCUGCUCGGCUACGGUGUUGCCUUCGGAGAUACCUCCGGAAAAUUCAUCGGCACCAACAACUUCGACCUCAAGGGCGCCCUCUUCGAGGCGGACGACGGCACCCUCACCAACGGCUACAGUUACGCCUCGUGGCUGUUCCAGUGGGCCUUCGCCGCCACCGCCGCCACCAUCGUGUCGGGGGCUGUGGCCGAGCGCGUGUCCUUCAACGCGUACAUCAUCUACUCCGUCAUCCUGACGUCGUUCAUCUACCCCGUCGUCGUGCACUGGGGCUGGGCCGGCGGUUGGGCAUCCGCCUGGCGUGAAACCGACCUCCUGUUCGGCUGCGGUGUCAUCGACUUCGCCGGUUCUGGCGUCGUCCACAUGACCGGCGGCCUCGCCGCACUCUGCGCGGCCAUCGUCGUGGGACCCCGCACCGGCCGCUUCAACGAGGACGGCACCGCCAACACCCUCCCCCAGCAGUCCGCGGUGCUCCAGUCGCUCGGCACGCUCAUCCUCUGGUUCGGAUGGUACGGGUUCAACGGCGUGUCCACCCUUUACAUCGUCGGCUUCGCCGGGGUUGCCGCGAAGACCAUGGUGACCACCACAAUCUCGGCUGCCUUCGGCGCCGUCACCACCGUCCUCCUCGGCAAGUUCAACCUCGGGCACUGGGACGGAGGGGCCGCCAACAACGGCCUCCUCGCAGGUCUCGUGGGCGUCACCGCGGGCUGCUCCACCUGCGAGCCCGAGGGCGCGAUGGUGAUCGGCAUCAUUUCCGGCUUCGUGUACACGUACUCCUCCAAGAUGCUUGUGAUGCUCAAGAUCGACGACGUCGUGGACGCCAUCCCCGUCCACUGCUUCUGCGGAGCGUGGGGUGUAUUCGCCGCGUCGCUCUUCGCGACAAAGGACAACUACGGCAUGGCGUACUACGACCGCGCGGACAAGUGCGCCGGUGCCUUCUACGGCGGUGCCGGAAAUGCUGUCGGUGCCAACUUUGUGUUCAUCUUGGCGGUCACCGCAUGGGUCGUGGCUACCUGCACGGCCCUGUUCAUGGGAAUCAAGAUGACCGUCGGCAUGCGUGUGGACAAGGAGAUGGAGCAAAUCGGCAUGGACGACUCCAAGCACGGUGGCCAGACCUACCCAGAAAUGAUGAAGGGGACCACCGCCGCGUAA